AUGCAGGCAGCUGGAGACGCAGGCGGGGAGAAUCAGCGGGUCUUGGAGGACGAGAUCUUCGAACGCCUGCAGCGGCUCGAGAAGGAGACCGAGCGGGGCCUGGAGGACGAGAUCUUCGAACGCCUGCAGCGGCUCGAGAAGGAGACCGAGCGGGGCUUGGAGGACGAGAUCUUCGAUCGCCUGCAGCGGCUCGAGAAGGCCAGACGGCCCAGCGAUGGUGGCAGACCGGAUCUUGCGGACCUGGAGAUGCAAGUACAAGAGCUGGAAAAGCAGGUCAAGGGCCGAAGGCCCAGCCGCGACGUGGCGGAUCAGCUCUCGGACCUGGAGAGCCAAGUACAGGAGCUGGAAAGGCACGUCCUCCAGGGCCAGCAGAGGCGGCCCAGCAAGGACAGCGCAGCGGAUCAGCUUGCGGAUCUGGCAAGCCAAGUACAGCAGUUGGAGAAGCACGUGUUGAAGGCCCAAAGGCGGCCCAGCAACAGCGAUCAGCUCUCGGACCUGGCGAGCCAAGUACAGCAGCUGGAGAAGCUUGUGCAGGAAGGGCUCAAGGGGCCGACAUCCUAUGCUGCACCAACAGAGCCAAGCGAGGCAAGGAGCUCGAGCGCGCAGGACGACGUCCCAAAGCCGCGCAUUCAGAUCCUUUCGCCGGAAGAACCUCAGGCAAAACCUGCGCCUGAGCCCACGCCCACACCGACAGGCGAUCUCUGGAGGCUGCGGCCCCGGCCUCUGAGCGCCUCCUCGGUGAUGACAUCGCCGGUGGCUUCGGAGGAUUCACGGGAGCUGUUCCACGGAGAGGGCGCCAAAGCCAUGCAGCAGGUCUUACGGGGUCUGUCCCACGACUCCUUCCAGGGCCGUCCACGCAGCAACAGCGAGUCCACCGGCCGCAAGGGGUCGAAGGACAACUUGGCCUUGUCGGCGUCCAAGCUGCUGGCGGAUGCCAUGCUCAGCUUCUCAGGAGACCUCCGCCAGGCGGCAACCACCUUGGAACGCAAGAAGAGUCCACAGGCCGGCGAACACGGCGAAGCUGCGGUGGAGACGGACAAGCCAGAGGCAAGAGUGGAAGCGGAGCCGGCCGGUGCAGCAGACUCCCAUGGCAUGGUUGAUGCUGCGGCUGACGUUGCGUCGGUAUCAUUGCCACAUGCUUCUGCCUCGCCGAUGCCGCCCGAAGCAGCAGCGCGAGAGUCGAACACAGCUGAAUUGCAGCCACCGCUGGCAGCAGAGACAGCUGCAGCUGACGCUGCGAGACUUGCAUCUGAGGCGGCAGCCUUUGCGCCGAAGCCGAAACCGGUGGAAUCGCAGCGAGCGCCGGCGGAGACAACUGCGGCCGUGGCCGGUGCUGCAGCUGAGGCAGAGGCAUCAUUACCACUGCCCGAUGUGGCUGCCCCAGCCACGCCGCAGCUGGUGGCGAAGGCCCAGCCAGCAGAGAUGACUGCGGUUGUUGCUGCUGCCGGUACAGCUGAUGCUGCGGAGGUUGCUUCUGAGGCAUCAUUGCCGCUCCCCGAUGUGGCUGCCCAAGCCACGCCGCAGACAGUUGUUGAAACGCAGGCACAGCCAGCAGCAGAGACGACUGUGACCGUUGCAGCUGCAUCGGCAGACGCUGCGGAGGUUUCUUCCGAGGUAUCAUUACCGCUGCCCGAUGUGACUGCUCCAGCCAAGCCACAGCCUGUGGUUGAAGCGCAGCCACAGCCGGCAGCCGAGCCGACUGCGGCAGUUGCAGCUGCUGCAGAUGCAGCUGACACGGAGGUUGCUUCUGAGGCAUCGUUGCCGCUGCCCGAUGUAGCUGCCCCAGCCAAAGCACAGUCUGUGGUUGAAACGCAGGCACAGCCGGCAGCAGAGACGACUGCGGAAGUUGCAGCUGUUGCCGAUGCAGCUGACGCUGCGGAGGUUUCUUCUGAGGCAUCAUUACCGCUGCCCGAUUUGGCUGCCCCAGCCAAGCCACAGCCUGUGGUUGAAGCGCAUCCACAGCCGGCAGCGGAGACAACUGCGGCAAUUGCAGAUGCAGCUGAUGCUGCGGAGGUUGCUGCUGAGGUAUCAUUACCGCUGCCCGAUUUGGCUGCCCCAGCCAAAGCACAGCCUGUGGUUGAAGCGCAUGCACAGCCGGCAGCAGAGAGGACUGCGGAAGUUGCAGCUGCUGCCGAUGCAGCUGCGGAGGUUUCUUCUGAGGCAGCAUUACCGCUGCCCGAUUUGGCUGCCCCAGCCAAGCCACAGCCUGUGGUUGAAGCGCAUCCACAGCCGGCAGCGGAGACAACUGCGGCAAUUGCAGAUGCAGCUGAUGCUGCGGAGGUUGCUGCUGCGGUAUCAUUACCGCUGCCCGAUUUGGCUGCCCCAGCCAAAGCACAGCCUGUGGUUGAAGCGCAGGCACAGCCGGCAGCAGAGACGACUGUGGCCGUUGCAGCUGCUGCAGAUGCAGCUGACGCUGCGGAGGUUGCUUCUGAGGCAUCAUUACCGCUGCCCGAUGUGGCUGCCGCAGCCAAGGCACAGCCUGUGGUUGAAGCGCUGCCACAGCCGGCAGCACAGGCAUCUGCGAGCGUUGUAGCCGGUGCCGCAGCUGCAUCCGACGCGGACGUUGCUUCUGAGUCAGCAUUGCCGCCCGAAGCGGCCACGCCGCAGCACUUGGUUGAGCAGCCGGAGCCAGCAGAUGCUGACCUCUCCGAGGCGGAUUCCAGUGCAUCAGUGCUGCAGCGAACGCUGGAGCGCCUGAAGUUCCGAGCCGCGACUCCGGCAGAGCCAGCGCAGCCACCCGAAGCUGCGGCUGACGUGGCGAAGGCAGCCGCGGAGCUUCCGGAGUCGCCGGGUGGCGCCGAGCCAAGGGUGAAUGAGAAGCAGGAGUCAGCCGUGCAGGCACUUAGGACUCCCGGCCUGGCCCGACUGGGAAGCCACCGGCCGGAAUUUCGAUCCUUCUGA